AUGUUUUCAGCUUUCUUUGGCUUAGGAUUAGCAGCAGGAGCCGCCUUUUAUAUUUACAGAACACGGAAAUGUAGCGGCGAGGAGAAUGAAAACACUGAAGAAAGAGUUUUACCGGUAAGCGAAAUCACACGACAGAGCCAUAAACAGUCCGCAUAAAAAAAAGAAAAAACAUAGAACUCAAUUCAACUUAAUGCGGCUGCGGUCAAGAGUUGGAGAACGUAUCGAGCAAGUCGCGAUAGGCCAUUUCCGAGUUCGAAAAACUCUCUAGUCCAAACGAGGCUAAGUGCAAAACCUUUCUUGUAAAAAUGAGUUUUUUUUUCUUGGGAAUAAAAAAUCAUUUUCAUAUCAAGGGCUUCGCACUUAGGCCUCGCUUUGAAACAAAAGCUUUGCACGGGCAACUCCAAAAUACCCUAUGUUUUUAGGUUCACUUAUGGUUGGUUAACUCUGAGAAAACGAUGCAAGACUUUCAUCCAAUCACAAAAUUAGGAAUUUAAAACCAAAGCAGAAGACCUGAAUUUAUGUACUUUAUUCCAUGCAUAAAAGAAACAACACAAAAUAGAAACAGAAAGUACCCUUUAAACCCUUCGGUGAAAUACUGAAAAGGUUAUGAAUUAUUGUAUACCUAUCUUUUGUAACCUUUUCGAUCGAUUGUAGCAGUGUUUGGCUCGUCCAAAAACAAACGUUGCAUUCUUUUUCUGUAUGAAUUAACUAAACAUUCUAUUAAUUGACGAUCUUACUUUUCUUUCUUGCAGGACUAUGACAAAGUGGGGGGAGACAACUCUGUGACUGAGAAUGAAUGCCAGAUUGUGGACCUGUCGAGGGAGGCACAACCGACGAAUCAAACCCAGUCUCGAGCAUCGAAGAAAAAGCCAAGAAACCGAAGGACACGCCACACUGAGGCACCCGUUGUAUUAGCCAGUGAAACGAUAUUGUUUCAUAAGUCUAAGGCAAUGAUUCGUGAAAAAGAGGCAUUUGAGACGAUUUCCAACACAGGAACAGUGAGAAGCCGACUAACUGAAUUUGUUGUAGCAAGUACAACAAGUUUAAUCGACAGCACACUUGCUUGCUUUACAACAGGCAGAAAGCGUCGUCGAGUUCGAAUGUCAGUUUCGUUUGCUUUCGAGUUUGUUUGUGAGGAGGUUGAGGAACAAAGCAUCGAAAACGUGGAGUUUAAUCAAAUCGACUCUUAA